UUGGUUCUGUUCGUCAUUACUUCCGCAUCACGUGACCUCUACUUUCAACGGUACUCGUGCUGCUGAAAACAACAACAACAAUGCAAGCCGUCCCAGAGGAGAUCACCGCGCUCAUUUCAGACUUUGAGAUUUUUCUCUGCGACUGCCUAAAAGGAGAAAAUCUGAGCAAGAAGGCCAAAGAUAAGAGGGAAACCUUCAUUAAACGGAUUAAAGAGGUCAAAUUGGGUUUCCCAUAUGAUUUCAAGGAAAAAUGUGGGGAGGACUCAGGUGAUAAUGGAGAGGAGGUGGACAGCAGCAACAACGAAGGAGGCUCGCUGCAGUCUGAUCGCACCGACAGGGAGGAGGAGACCUAUGAGGGUUACCAGCAGUCUCCACCAAUAGCAGCGCAAGACCUGCAGUCUAUUCUCAUGUCAGGAUACCUGGAGAAACGAAGGAAGGAUCAUAGUUUUUUUGGCCAGGAGUGGCAGAAGAGAUGGUGUGCGCUAAGCUAUCGCACCUUCUACUAUUAUGGCCACGAAAAAGACAAGCAGCAGAAAGGCGAGUUUGGCAUUGACGGCUACCAUGUAAAAAUGAACAACAGCUUCAGGAAAGACUCUAAGAAGGACUUUUGUUUUGAGAUCUCAGCUCCAGAUAAGCGAGACUAUCAGUUCUGUGCAUCAUCGGCAAAAGAGGCAAAGGAAUGGGUGAAAUGUAUCGACCUUGUUUUGAAAGAUAAAUGUGGUAUCAUUCAAGAAGAAGAAGAGGAUGAAGAGGUGGAGAAGGUGGAAGUGGAACAGCUAAUGUAUGAUGAUGUGGGACUUGCACCAGAUGCAGACAUCUACGAGGUGCUACCAGACACUGGCAAAGACUACAAAAACUACUACCAGGGCUUAUGGGACUGUGUUGGGGACCACCCAGAUGAACUCUCCUUCAAGCGUGGGGACACCAUUUAUAUACUGAGCAAGCAAUGUUGAGCGAGGUGCUGCUGAGCCAGGACCACCUGAACAAAGUUAUUCCAAGGCCCUGAGAGGAACUGGCUCUUGAUAUCCUUUACUGGCAGCACCUGGCCCGGUGCCUGGAGCUGGAGGCCGACUGUGCCGGAGUCAGCCUCUGGCUGUCUGAUGGGGAUUAGAUGUGUCACGACGGAAACUGUUUUAGUGCUGUUGGCUCGGUGCGCCGUUCCAUCACGUCCAUCUGGGCCGCCUCAGCGUGCUUCCGCUGCUGCCUUCGGCCCACACACCUAUCAGACGUCUCACUCACCUCGCCAAAUGGGAAUGUGUGUUCUCAGGAAGCCAAGGCACAGUCUGACACGCUAUUCAGAGCAGGCGAGGACGUGUAGUGGACGUUCAAUUUCCUAAGCUUGUCAACUAGCUGGAGGGUGUGGAGGACUGACAGGACUUUUUUUAAUUACUUGCACAAAACAGGAGCAUUUUUAUUCUGAAAAAAUCCUUGUAACUAGAAUUGGACUUUGUUAUGUGACAUUCACCACAUUUUUGUUUGCAAAUAAGGAAAGUGGUUUGAAUCCAAUGUGUGAUAUGUUAUCAUUGGAAACGAAUGAGUUCCUGGGCCAUGUUGCAGUUUGAUGACAGCUUUCCAGGUUAUUUUUGUAGUCUAGCCUGCCAUCUAGUGGCCAUUGCGUGCAGUCAUUGAAAAGAGUCAAGGAUAUAUAAAAAUCAGAAUGUAAUAAAACAGAUUUGUAUUGAAUCAAAAAAAAAUCAUCUUUAACUGCCAGUCACAAUGUGGAUACACCUAUAAAAUUAGGUGAAUUUAUACAAUCUAAUGAACUCUAGUUCAAGAUGUUACUGCAUUACGCCAGUAUGUUUCUAAUAUGUCACUAAACAAAAAAAGAAAUGAUAAAGUGCAGUAUGAUUAAGCGCAGUUCUCCACCACUGCACUCUACAACCAUCAUAAAUACACACAAUAAUAAUAGCUGAACCACUCAAUGAUUCAUUUUAAUGUUCAUUAUUGUCUAUUUUUCCAUAAGAGACAGUGUCACAUUUUCAUGAAGUCGGAAUUUCUUAGUAUGAUCAUUGAUGUUGAUCAACAAAAUGAAUAAUGUCCCUUUCACUGGCGUGAGGAAUGAAAUGAAACAAAGCAGAAAGACGUUCUAGUGCUCAAUGACCAAAUGCUUGUUUACGACUCUUCUCUUUGUGUGUGGAAAAGGGCCAAGAAUCAAGUUGCCCUUUCACUCGGACUGCCAGCGCCAUUAGAUGGAACCUUGGUGUUGGGGGUUGUGGCCUACUGCGAGGGCAAUGACCAUAAAACCUGUCUGGGCUGCAGCAGGAGGGACAGCCGACUCCUCGUUCCUCUAACACCCUCCCCUCCCCAAUUCUCCUUUUCGUCCCUCCCCCAUUCCUCAGCUCAGAAAUAGCCGUAGUGUUACAGCUGCGGGACCCCCCAGUUGGGUCUGAGUGUGGAUUAUAGUGCCCGACUGUGGCUGAGGACGGAGGGGGGUUUUGUCCAGAUAUGCUGCACCGAGCAGCCGCUCCCUCCUCCUUCCCAGUUCAAGUCACAGCACAUAAACCUAAUGGAGAAAAGUAACGUCUCACUUCCUUUAAGUGGCUGGAAUGGCUGAUAAAAUGUAAACACUGUCCCAGCAUAAUGCUGGUGCUGCGAGAUGUUACUGUAACCUAUAUUAACCCACUCCUUAACACAUACUGUACAAUAUGUGCUUGUAAACAGAUGCACUGAUUGUUUCUUUUGCAUUCACUUGCUCACCAAGGCUUCUGUGUGUUGAAGUGUGUGUAGCCAGUGAAGGGCGCCAUUAGUCGUUUGUCUCUCUUUCUCUCUCAUGUUGUGACCCGCACCCACUCAAGCACGACUUAUUUGUUAGCCAGAACUGCACAAUGAGGUGUUGCCAUUUUCAAAGGCUUGUGUCAGGAAGCUGUUAUGUGCACACACCCAUGGGUCACUCUCAUCUGUUAUUACCAAGUGGCUUGUGGUAAAAUGUCACUUUUAUCACGUGACAAGCAAAUACAAUGCCUGUGACAUGGAGGGUUGUAAUAAUUGUGUUAUUUUUACAAUGUAAAAUCAUUAUCACGGUUUUAAUCGGAUCGCAUUAAAGUUUACAAUCUGGGCAUGGUCAAAAGUAGGUAUACCGUGUUUUUAGGGCUGCAACGAAUAAUCGAUUAACUCGAGUAAUUUGAUGAGACAAAAAGCCUAAAGCUUAAAAUUUUGCUGCUUUGAGUCUUCGUUUAAUUAAGAGUUGCAUUGUUAUGGUUUGUUUCGAAAGUGUUUGCAUUUAGGGUUAUUGAUUUAGGUGGACACACUGCCCCCUAGUGGCAGCAGUGAAUAUGUCAUAACUCAUUUAACAUGGCUGAAUCCAGCUGCUCCCUGUUAAGACCAACAUAAGCCAAGUUUUUGUUUGCUCUAACAUGUUUUUUCAUUACAUUCAUAAUUUAGUUUAAAGGUAUAUUUAGCCGUUUUUUUGGGGGGGAAUAUGUGUUUGAAUGAUUAGUUCAGGGCAUUGUUAAAAAUCGUUAGCAUGUUAUAGCAUUUAAGUUAGCAUACUUUAGCUAUGCAAGUUAGCCAGUUGUUCUUUUGUCGUACUUAGAUCCUCAUUUAUUUAUUUAUUUAUUUAUUUUAUACUGUUUGUGGCUGAGCUCAGGUAUUUUAAUUUAUUUUUCAAUGAAAGUGCAAUUCUGCAUACUUUGAAGAAACACUCCGGAAUUUUAUUUUGUGUUCGCAUUUAAUGCUCUUUUGAAAGUACAAUUUUAGCAAGCCUUUGUUUUAAAUCUUCUAAAAUGUAUUUACAACGCAUUAUUUGUUCCUAAUCCGAUUACUUGAUUAUUCGAACUAACUAGUUGAUAGUUUAAUGGACUUCUAAAAUAAUCGAUAGCUGCAGCUUUUUUUUUUCUUCGUGUUAAUGAUAUUGUGUUAUUUCAUAUUUCUCUGUCAUCCAAAUAGACAGUACACAGCAAUACAACAACCAAUGCUAUUGAAACUCUGAGUAGACUUUAAUGACUAUAAAUAGUAGAUGAAUGCCGCGAGAUAAAGAGCUAAAAUGCAUAAAACAAAAGGAAUUGAGGACGGCGCACUAAUGCAUCCUAGCUUAUACUGUAAUAGCAAUCCCUCGAUAUCAUGUAAAUAUGGUACCCCGCGGAGCUGUGAGUCACACAGCGAUGACGCCACAGCAAUCGGAUUGGAUGCAUGCUGGGAACACUGUGGCACGCAUUUAAUCUUCUUGUAGAAAAAGUCCAAUAUAUUCAAUCAAUACAAUACAUGUUUGAACCGAGAAAAACGGUAGCUCAGCAUUCCCAAAUGAGCCACAGAUUUUCUUUGAAUCCAUUCAGCGAUGGCGCUGCUGUUCAGCAGCCGAGAAACAAAGGAAUGGGAGAAUAAUGAAUUUUGGUUUUGUUUCUUGGAUUACACAAAAACAUUCACUCAAUAAGCGGAGACAGAUGUGGUCAGGUCUGGCUUUCAGACACUGCGCAGGUUUCUGUUCCUCCCUUUUGUGUAGCUCCCGUUGCUGAUUUAUAUCCUGGCCAAGACUUUGAUGUGAGGUCAGGCUCUUGGUCAAAGAGAGAGGCGAGACGCCUCUCCACAGUGUCCUCCAUUCUGCUUGCGAUGCUAGCAGCCACUCAGAGAAACUUUUGCCUUGCCUGCGCCGUAACAGAUUCAAACGCGAUGUCUUUUGCAUACAUUAAAGUUAAUGUGUGUACAGUCAGACGGUCAGCAGGAAAUGUUAUGAUGAUAAAUAAUGGUGAGCAGAAUACAAUGCAACUAGUGUUGUCCAAUAAUGACUUUUUAGCCGAUAUACCGAUCCUGCCCAACUCCAAAAAUUCGAUACCGAUAUCAAACAGAUACCCGUAUAUGUGGUUGUGCACUUAACGUGUUUUUGCUAAUUGUAUUGUGAUGCCCCACUGGAUGCUUUAAUAAUGAUAAAUGUAAGGACUUCAAGGUUUUCCAAAUAAAAUAAACAUUCUGUGACAAAUAAGAGAACAACUUAAGUUAUUGAAAAUAAAUGUCCCACAAAAAUGAUAUAAAUUGAAAUGAGCCAAAAUGUCCAUAAUUAAAUAAAAGGAAUCAUUCACAAUUAAAUCACGUUUACAGUAGUUACUCCAAAGAGCUACUAGGGGACGAUCAUAGCAUUACAAAUACAGGCAAGCAAUCAUAGGACAUGACAAUGCAAUCACGUUUCCCAAGAUGCAUUUUGCUGGGGUUUGCACAGAUUUUUAUAUUUUAUUACUUUACUUUUAGUGACUAGUUCUUUCUGGUAACACAGUAGUUAUAUGUAAUGAGUUUAUAAUUCAUUUUAAAAAUCAUUUAUUGUUCAUUUAAUUUUUGCACCUUGAAUGCAAGUGGUCUGCUCAAGUAACAAAUUCCAAGCAUCUUGACCUGUAGUCGUUAAAUGGACAAUAAGUAUAACUUGCUGUCCUUAGCAAUAUCCAGCAUUUACGCAAAGGCAAAAUGUUAC